UAUAAAAUCGAACCCUACUCCUUAAUGUGCGCAUUUUUCUUCCCCAAACCCUAACCGGUGUUCUCAAUGUCUGAGCAUCAAUCACCGGACGACGGCGGAGAAAUGGAGGCACAUGACAACGUCGGCUCCAAGCGUUACCGUCGACCCAGCGUCAGGUUAGGCGACAUUGGCGGUGACCAUUCUUCUUUCGACCAACGGAAACCCAAGUCUCUCUGGAAGGACUCAUCCAAGAAUAAUCGCCAUCGUACAAAUUUAUCAAGUAAUCAAACUCUAACUCUUGUUGAUACUAACCCUAAUGAAAGUAACAAUUCUAGGAAAAAAUGGAGUAAUGUUGAUAAAGAGGAUGUCGGGGAUGCGAAUUUGGAUGAUGUUACGAUUGGUAGUUGGAAGAUUAGGAAUUUGAAAUCUAAGAAGGGGAUAGUGACUAAGAAGAUGAGGUCGGGUUGGACUCCCAAAGUUAAUGAUAGUGAAAAAGAUGACAAAAUGCCCAGUACUGAUGUCGAAGAUUUGGAGAAUAAUGAACACAGCCCAGUUCAAUCCCAUGACAAAAACAAAACUAAUGAUAAUGUGAACAUGAGCACUAUUGACAUUGAUAGGAGAAUUGAUAAUGUGAAUAGUAGGAAGAGGGCAAUUAGGGUUUCUGAGGAUGGCCCAACUGAUACAGAGACCCGAGAUUGGAAGAGGAAUGGGAUUAAGGUAUGGCUGAACCAGUUGGGACUUGGUCAGUAUGCCUCUCUGUUUGAGAUUCAUGAGGUUGAUGAUGAGGUUUUACCAAUGCUAACAUUGGAGGAUCUAAAGGAUAUGGGAAUCACUGCAGUUGGAUCGCGAAGGAAAAUGUAUUGCUCAAUUCAGAACCUCAAUAAAGGUUUCUCAUGAGUUUUUCUACCAGGGAAAAGUUCAGAUGCAAUUCUGAUAUACUAGCAAUGGCUGUGAAGUGUACAGUGCUCUUACUGUUGGUAACAUCUUUGUUAAUUUGGUCCUAAAUAGAUCAAAACUUUUAAGACCAGAAAAAAUAGAGAAGCAUCAUUCAAGAAAAUGAAUGUUAGUUACUCCUUUAGUUUUCCUAAUAAAGUUUUAUGUCCAAUCUUCAUUUCACAAUCAUAUUUAAGCUGAUUUCGCAAUCUUAUUUAAGCUGAUUUCACAAUCUUAUUUAAGCUGAUUUCACAAUCUUAUUUAUGCUUCCACAACUCUUAUUUGGUUGCUUAAUGUGUGUUGCUGCUACUUCCCAAAUGACCUGGACUGAGCCACUGGCAUCCUUUCCUUUCUUGAGUACCUGCAGCGUUGUGAAUUGUAUCUUCAAUUCAUUGUAGCACGAGGAACUCUAGAGAAUAUUUUCUUUGUUAUAGGGUAAAAUAAUUUUAUUGAUGAUGGCAAUGAGCUGUAGAGAACAUUCCCUUAGGCCCUUAUCUAAUGUCCAUGAUCCCCCAAAAAAAAAAAACACUUUCCCUUAGGCCAUUAUCUAAUGUCUGCUUAGUGUUAAUUCAGUAGCCAAUUCUGUACAUGAUGCUGUAGAAUUUUGGUUAUGGACUUGCUUGCUACAUUGUCAGGUCUAUAUCAUUAGUGUGCAACUAAUACUAUGAAACGACAACACCAACAUACCCACUGUGAUCCCAAAAGUGGGUCUGGGGAGGAGGAGGGGUACGCAAAUCGUACCCCCUACCUUAGGUAAGGUAGAGACUAAGAGAGGUUGUUUCCGAAACACUAAUACUCUGAGAAUGUGCUUAUAAUUGGUUUGUAGUUCCUGUGUUCUUAUGCUUAUGUAUGUCCUUGUUAAGAUCAUAAUUAUAUGAACCUCUCUGUGUGGUACUUACUUUUAACUUUUUACUAAGUUUUAGGAGUUGGUAAUGGUGAUGUGAAUUCUAAGCUUCACGGUUAAUAUCCCAAAGAUAUCUUGCUUAAAUGAAGCUAUAGUGGGACACACUCACAUCACCAUGUGAAAAUGUUGCUGUGGAACUCUUGGAUAGAAUGAUGAAUUACACAUAAAAACACAGAGGCAUACUUUAGUUAGAGCAACCCUGCAAAAGCAUUUUGAGUUGCAUAUAUUGAUGUCUCUGAAAUGCUUCUUUAGAAAAUGAGCUUGGGUCUGUCUCCUUAUCAAGAAUGUCAUUUAUUAACCAUCACAUGGCUUGUCAUCACCAAGUAGUGCAGGACAAAAAGAUGGUGAAGUGAAUACCACUGUCCCCUUUCCCCCUGGAAUGACAACCGCAAGCAAACAGAUGUGUAUGCAAAGACUGGCCUAUAAAUAAUAAUAAUAAAAAAAGACUGGCCUGUCCUCUCCAAAAUUAAGAUGUUAGCCAACCCUUUCCCUCUUGAGACAGAUUUAGGAUUUUAGGUCAGUGAAUGCGGUUUACCUCUUGCAUCCACCGCAUCUCUGACAUUGACAGUUGGGUGCAAAGAACACACCCACUACAUCUUUCUUGCAUUCUCCCCUGCCUGCCCCUCCUCCCAAACCUCCUUGGAUGAAUUUCAUUUUGUGGCAGAAAUUUUGGUUGGACAUGCUUCCUUUCUCUUUGGUUAUUUUUUGACAGGCUUUGGAAGAGAGAAUUUGCUGGUCAGUGUGAUAAAUAUCAGCAAAAGCAAACUUUUCUGAUAGGUUGUUGCUUAUUCUGUAAUCAUUACCUGCUCCACAUUCGGAAUAUUUCAUUCAAAAUCUAAAUAAAAGGCCUGUCAUGGAAACAAGCACAGAUAAAUUUUCAGAGUUCUGCUUUUCACAUAUGUGGAUUUUCAGAAUGUUUGAG